AAUUUGAUCUAAGGACGAGUGUUGCACGUUGUGAAAAAACGCGGCAAAUGGGAAUUUAAUAUGUCCUCAAAAUGCUUAUAUAAUGAAAUUCUUUAGACUUCCAUCAACAGGCAUUUUCACUUUUCUCUUUCCUGCUGCCAUUUUAUUGAAAAUUUUCCCACUUUCUUUCUGCACAAGAGCAGAGCGAAGACGGACAAACGAUUCAAUUCCUUUUGCAUAUAAGCUUCAGCUCAUGGAUUUGGAGUCAGAUGAUUUGUUCCGAGAUGAGGAUGACGAGGAGAAUAGUAAUUUUUCACAGGAUAAAGAGGCCACAAAAGAAUUUGUUGUGUACAUGAUCGAUGCUGGGCGUGAUAUGUUCUUACAGAUAAAGGAAGAAGAUGAUGAAAAGAAGAGACCACACUUCAGUACCGUUGUAAAGUGUAUUCUUGAGUCUCUAAAAACUCGCAUUAUCAACAGUGACAAUGACGAAGUGGCAAUAUGUUUUUUUAAUACUAGAGAGAAAAGAAAUUUGCAGGAGUCUGAGGGUGUAUAUGUUUUUAAUGUUCGUGAAGGAGAAGACCUUGAUCGCCCAACAGCAAGAUUGAUUAAAGACUUUAGCCACGUAGAGGAUAAUUUUGAAAAUGAAAUUGGAAGUCAAAGUGGAAUUAUUCCUGGAUCAAGAGAAAAUCCCUUAUACAGUGCACUUUGGGUUGCUCAGGGACUCCUACGGAAAGGAUCCACCAGAAAUGUUGAUAAACGCAUACUGUUAUUCACAAAUAAUGAUGAUCCUUUUGGAAGUGCUGAUCCUGGGGUAAAAGCAGACAUGAGGAGGACAACAAUUCAACGGGCCAAGGAUGCACAAGAUUUGGGUAUUUCAAUUGAGCUUUUCCCCUUGAGUAGAUUGGGUGAAGAAUUCAACAUUUCUAUUUUCUAUGCUGAUAUGCUUGAGUUUGAGAAUGAGGAAUUAACUCAGUUCAUGCCAACGGUUGCAGAAAAGUUUGAAGAUCUUACAAAUCAAUUGAGGAAGAAGAUCUACAAGAAGCGUGUUGUUCGAAAGAUUACAUUGAUGGUUGCUGAUGGUAUGUCAAUUGGGUUGAGCACAUAUGCUUUGAUUCGGCCUGCCUUAACAGGAAAAAUUACUUGGCUUGAUUCUGUGACCAACAAGCCUUUGAAGUUAGAGAGGUCAUACAUUUGUGCUGAUACGGGUGCCUUGGUUACAGAACCAUUGAAAAGAUUUCAAACUUAUCAGAAUGAGAAGAUUAAAUUUUCUCUUGAUGAACUGUCAGAAAUUAAGAAGGUGACCAGUGUUCCUUUACGACUUUUAGGCUUCAAGCCUUUGCAUUGUUUGAAGGAUUACCAUAAUAUACGGCCAGCAACUUUUCUCUAUCCUAGUGAUGAGGAGAUAAGUGGAAGUACCUGUGCUUUUAUUGCUCUAUACAGGGCUAUGUUGCGCUUUCAAAAGUAUGGAGUUGCCUUUUACGGAAAUACACGGUCACCACAACUUGUUGCUUUGCUUCCACAGGAAGAAGUAACAAGUUCAAGUGGUCAAAUUGAUCCUCCAGGGCUGCAUAUGAUUUAUCUGCCUUAUUCGGAUGAUAUUCGACGUAGUGAGAAGCUUCACAUGUCCAUGGAUGGUCCUGUACCUCGAGCAUCUAAAGAGCAAAUAGACAAAGCCACUGCUAUGAUAAAAAAAUUGGAGCUGAGGGAGUUUUCUGUUUACCAAAUUUCAAAUCCCGCUUUGCAAAGACAUUAUGCCAUAUUGCAAGUGUUGGCCCUUGAUGAGAACGAAGAUCUGCCAGAGACGAAAGAUGAGACCAUGCCAGAUGAAGAGAGCAUGCAAAGACCAGGGAUUGCCAAGGCUGUACAGGAAUUUAAAGAUGUUGUAUAUGGUUCAAAUUAUGAGUUUGAAGUAAUCACUAACACUAAAGGGGAUGAAGCUUCUAAAAAGAGAAAAGCUUUAACUGAUGUAGCAGUAAAGGAAGUAGGGAACUAUAACUGGAGUAAACUUGCAGAAACUCAGAAGCUACAAAAUCUGACUGUGGUUGAAUUGAAGUACUAUCUGACUGCUCACAAUUUGCCACUUACUGGAAAAAAAGAAGUCUUGAUCAACAGAAUACUGACUCAUUUGGAACGGUGAAGACUUAUAAUCCAUUGCCAUCUUUUUUGAAGGUUUGAGAAUAGAUACAAAACAAAAAGUGCCUCUCUUUCGCUCAACAAUCAACCAGGUCAGGCAAAUCUACUAUUAUGUCCCAGAACAUUUGAAUAGUAUAUUUCCGUCCUGAAUUUUGACAGCAUUGUUUAGUACCAGGAAUUUUAACGUUUUUGUGAUGCCUACUUCCAAAGGUAUUCUGACCCUUCUCUGCAAAGAUAAUAUGCUUAUCACUGCAAAUGUUUUGGAAAUGUGAGCACAAUAUUGUAACAAAGCUUCAGCAUGUGCCCGAUCUCACUUGAUUAUCAUGGCUAUGUGCCUGAGAUGUAUUGUUUUUCUGUGCAUUGAUAGUAUUUUAUUGUGAAAUGAAUUUAAUAUAUAAAAAUUAGUUACGUUAAAAGUA